CUCUGCAGUCUUUGAUACUCUUAUCCUGCUUAAAUGAAGGUAACAGUUUGCACGUAUGGAAUGGGAAGAAAUUGCCUUCUCUUAGUUUCUUAACCGUGCUUUUUUGGAGGGCAAGAUCCUCUCUAUUUGGGCGUCUGAAUUUCUUUUCACGUUGUCUUCUGCUUGAUCUUGGAACUUUAAUUAAAAUGAUUGCCUGCCUAGCCAAAGGAAAUUUACUGGAUGUUCUGCAAGAGGGAUUCACAGAGCAACAGCUCCAGUCUUACGUGGUAUGGGUUAACUCCCAGUUAAAGAAAAAGCCUGGAUUGAAACCUGUACAGGACUUGCGGCAAGAUUUGUGUGAUGGCGUGGUGCUGACUCAUCUGGUGGAGAUUGUAGCCGGUGAGCAACUCGGUGACAUUUGCUUCAACCCUACCAGCCAUCAGGAAAUGAAAGAAAAUGUGGAGAAAGUGCUGCAAUUCAUAACAUCUAAAAAGAUCCGAAUGCACCAGACUUCUGCUCGAGACAUCGUUGAAGGGAACCUGAAAUGCAUAAUGAGACUGAUUCUAGCAUUGGCAGCUCACUUCAAACCAUCUGGUGUUCGAUCUGCCAGCCAGUGGUCUGCAGUACCCAUGAAGAACAAGUCUACAAACUCUUUGGACAAUCACAGGCCACUUUCUGCCACUGCCAUGGUGCAGACAGCUGCUGCAGCUCUUGCAGAGGUUCGGCAAGACGUUUCUCGAUCUGGACGGGAAAUAUUCCGAUACAAACACGAAGUACAGAGCUUUGAGGAUGAAGUCGGAAGUCACACCUGGAGUGUUCGGGCAAUGGUGCAGCAGUAUGAGGGGCAACAGAUGCCUUUAUCUCCUCCACUUUCCCCAAGCGUCCGUUCAGAGAGUCCAACAAACAGUGCAAAACCAGAGUCUUUUACAAGUCAACUGGAUGAAACAUUGGAAUUAUCUUCCCAAAAAGAGGAAUGGGACUCUAGGCCUGCAGAAGAUACUGUUCAAUCUGUAUGGAUGUCCAUGAAUUCUGGAAAAUCCCAAGUGAAUGACAAGCAUUGCCUUUGGGAAGAUCAAUUACUGGAUCAACAGGACCAGCUGGGGAAGGAAAUGGAAGAAGCCAGAAAGAUGAUUUCUAUCUUACAAGGCCUAUUGUUGAACGGUUCACUUCCUGAAGACGAACAGGAGGGAUCGUUUCCACUGUGUGAGCAAGGAGCAAGUGCGGAAGAACAACUGGUUAUCAUCAAGAGUCGUCUAGAUCUAAGCAUGGAUGAAUGCAAAGAGAUGAAGAGGGAACUAUUAAAAUACAAACAAGAAACCAGGAAUCUGCAGGGAGUAAAGGAUGCAUUGCAGCAUCGGAUGGCACAGCAGGAAAGCUCUAUCCUUCAGCUAAAACAGGAAUUGCUGCGAGCAAGCAUGGCAAAAGAUGAGCUACUGAGUGAAAAUCUUGACCUACAAAGGAAGACUGAAGAAAGGAACAGGCUUCUUGGGGAAUUUAAAAGAGAAUUGGGUCAGAAGGAUCGACUGUUUCAGCAACAGCAGGCCAAACUGGAUGAUACUUUGCGGAAACUAACAGAAGCCACUCAUUUAAAGAAUGACUUGCAAAAGGACUUGGAACGAAAAGAUCUGCUUCUUCAACAGUUGUUGAACAGAGAUGAAGAAGAGGUGUCUGGGUAUCCCAGUAAACCAUUAGCAAGUAAUGGCUACAUCCAAUCCUUGAGCAAAACUACUUCUCCAGUGUAUAGAGGGACAGAAGACCUUCAAGUAGUCCGAGAUUCCUUGCGCAGUUUACGAAGUAGCUUUGCUGGUCAUGACCCACAGCACCACACAAUCGACACGUUGGAGCAAGGAAUUGCAAGUUUAUUAGAACGAAUGCACGUGGCCGAAACACAGGGAAGAGUUGGCAACAAAACUCCUGUGAAACAUUCAGGAAGAAGAGAAGCAAAUGUGGAGAGAGAAUCCUGGCCAUCAAAUUCCAAUCUUCAUUCUCACAACAAUCCUGGUCCAAGCAGUCCUGUCUGCACUAAGGUGCUGUAUUUCACAGACCGAACUCUUGUACCAUUUAUGGUAAAUAUUCCAAAGAGACUUGGUGAAGUGACUCUGAAAGAUUUUAAAGCAGCAAUAGAUCGGGAAGGGAAUUACAGAUAUCACUUUAAGGCACUGGAUCCUGAAUUUGGUACUGUGAAGGAAGAGCUUUUCCAUGAUGAUGAUAUUGUACCUGGUUGGGAAGGCAAAAUAGUUGCUUGGGUUGAAGAAAACCAUGGAGACAGUAGGUAGACUGAUUCUCUCGCCAGAUUUGGCUGAUGUCUUUAUUUUUAAUCGCAAAAGGACAAGAGGACAACCACCAAAGAACAGAAAGAUACCACUCAAGUGAUCAUGUCCUUGUUUGCCUUCAGUUGUUGUGCCAACUACCAAUCGUGGACUGGAAAGAAGAGCCUAGUGCAAAAGUUGCCUAAGAACAGAUGCCUUGUGCUGAUGAAAAUAGAUUAUUCAUUGUAAAGCUGAAUGACUUGUUAGUUGCUGUACUGAUGUACAAUUGUAAUGCCAUUAUCAUAAGCAAUAAGUUGAAUUUUGCUAACAUCAGUAUUGUGGAAAGCAACCUCAGUAGAAUAUUUGUUUGUUGCAACCUCAAUGUUUGGGGUAUAUGAAGCUGUAAAUUGUUAUAGCUUAGCAGCAAAUUCAAUUCGGGUUAUGACUUCUCCAGUUUUAAGUUGUAUAAUAACGUCAAAUGAUUUUUGUGACUAAUCUAUAAAUAUCACCUUAAUCAUUUGGGUGUUACAUCAAAGACUUUUCAACUGAACGGUUUUGAGCAUUAAUGCUUGAUUAAAUAUGACCUUUUUUGCUGACAGGUGGGAUGACCUUACAGUAAUGAAAUGUGCCCCUUCUGCUUUGGGGUAGGACCUCUGAUGAAUUGCAGUUGUUUUCCUUAUCUGCAGUAAGUGUGCCUUUGUUAAGAGUAGCAUGCUUUGUGGUGUGGCCUUUUCUGCUUUCCAACUGCAGGAGAUUGUUUGGAAAUGAGAGGCAUAGUUGAUUUGGAGGAAGGAACAGUGAAAUUCAUUCGUAAGACAAUUAUACCAAAAGAUUCUAACCAAGGUCAAGACAAAAUAUUUUCUUGAUCUCUCUCAAAGACAUUAUUUUCAUUCCUUAAUAAAGAUAAACCAAAGGCUACUAUCUGCCUUGUUAAAUUGAUGUUCCUGAUUUUUUUGUCAACUUAAAAUGAAAUCUUUGACUUGCAAGUUUAAAUGGAAAGUACUGACUUCUCUCAGAUCAAUAAAAGAAAUGUUGGGUGAGCAUCAAGUUCCCCCUGCUGUCCUGUCACAGAAUAGCUUCACUGGAGAUUUGGCAUUUAUGAAGGCCAUAAAAGCAUUUAAAAUAAGAUUACAAGAAAGGUGUGGAUUUACUAACCUUUAGUCUUGUGUAUAAUGAGGUCAAUUUAUUAUUUGCAAUUUGAUUGCCCAGAAUGAAAGGCAUAAUGAAUGUGUGUUUGUUCUCCCUAUAAUGAAAUUGAGCCAUACACAAAUAUAUUGGUCUGUGAUACAUUGGUUAGAUAAACAAUACAGGUUUCAAAAUGUGUCACAUACAGCAAGCGAUACUGCCUUGAUCUUUAAGGGCCAAGUGGAAUUUUAUUGAUCUUAUUUAGGAUCAGAUUUCUGCAAAACUAAAUAAUGAAAAUUAGAAGUUAGAUAAAGAAGAAUUAGGAUUUCUAGAUUAAGAUUUCUGGAAAAAGUGCAGUCUUUGAAAGAUUUCUCUGUCUUGGUAAUUCCAUUCCAUUAAAAAAAAAUAAGAAUUCAUAAUAAUAUCACAAAUGUUUCAAGUAUGAUUGCUUUUUAAAGUCAGUAUUCCUGUUUUUUAGGUUUUUUUUAAUUGACCAUUAUGUGACUGAUAUACCACUGUUUGGAGAUUUAUAAAAUGAACUCCAGAACUGAAUAUGGAUGUAACUAAUUUAGUUGUAUCUGUUGGGAACUGGAACAGUAAGCUUUUUAUAAUUGGAUAUUUAUCAAAUUUGAAUUAUUUGAAUUACUUUUUCACGAUGGACUAUUUGUAAAAAACAGGGUUGUAUUGCCACAGUUUCGGGUAUUAUAUAUUCUGGCGCUAUGGUCAAAAGACAUCAAUAGUACUAGACGUUUAGUGUAAGUGCCAUAAUAAUUACUGCUGUGCAGUUUGUUUUAACGGAACUAAACAUUUCAAAUGAUGCAGUGUAUUUAGUUUAUAUCUAUUAUAAGAAACUGUUUUGUUAUAAGCAAGAUUAUUUGAUUUGCAUAGACUCAAUUGGUCCUUCCGAUGGCGUCCAGAGAAAAAAAAUAAAGUUUGUUAUGAUGAGGAUUGACUAUAUAAAGAUAUUAGUGUUUUAAAAAAAGACUGCAUUUUCAAUAAAAUAUGUACGAAGUUC